AUGCAAUCUCUCUUUAUUUUGGCCAUACAUAGCAGUCGUUUGGAGGAUCUGCGCUGUCCAUGGACGUGCCAAAGAAAGGCCGGGCUUUCGAGCCACUCGAUGAGGCCUUUUGGAUCCUAUUUGAUUUUAUUUUCUGCUCUUCAUCCUUCAAAUACGGAACACAUCACUGUUUUUAUAUUGUCAGAUACCUGUUAUGCUGAAGAUUUGAAUUGUUCAUCUGGUGAUUGCAGGAAGCAAGUCAGUCCCUGGGAGUACAGAUUUAUAGAGAGAGACAUGGGAAAGCAACCAGUGAGGAUGAAGGCAGUGGUGUAUGCUUUGUCUCCGUUCCAGCAGAAGGUGAUGCCUGGACUCUUGAAAGAUUUUACUGGAAAGAUUGCGCACAAGAUAUCUGAUAAUUGGAUUAGCACCACUCUCCUGCUUGGCCCUCUCGUAUGUGCAGUGGUACCAGGAAAAGGAAAAGAUGGAGCACAGAUACUGAAGUUAUUGCACCAAUUCUCUCUCAGGAAAACUCUUAAUUUUGAGUUUUGCUGUGAAAUA